AUGCAGUUCCUCUCACCGGCCCUCCUUCUUGUGCUCGCUCAGCCGGCGCUAAGCCACUACCUUGUGUACCUCGGGACCAACGUGGGGGGUUACGUCGGCAACACGCUCAAUCCGGCGGGCGGCUUCAACACAGUCUCGCUCAACCCGACCAACGAGAACAUCCCGCUCCGCAUCCACGUCCACAGCGACACGCCCGACGCCGCCAACGCGACGCCACAGCGCUUCGCAAUCGAGGACACCACUCUAAACGCGAGCACGCACCCGUUCAUCGGCGGGAUCGGGGGCUCCAUCAACACUCCUGGAUCCUCCAUACCCCUCGGUGGCACGGGUCCGACCACGAUCGGAGCCAAGCCGUCCAGCGGGCCCAACACUCUCACCGACGCGACAGGGAAGGCCAGUCUUUCGGCCAGCGCGAUUUGGACCAUCGACCCAAGCGUCGGGCUCGGUCGUUUGGUUCCCAAGUGGGUGAACGAAGACGGUACGACGACAGCUGCGAGUGUGGGGCUCUAUCAGGACUCAUUUGUCUUGGUUGGAGACAAGACGGCAUUCCAGUCGGCGCAUCAGGGAGUGCAAUGGGUGAAUCUCACCUUGAUCGAGUAA